GGCGGAGUUGACAUUGUUGCCCGGUUGCCGAGGUGACUGACCCGGGCUGAGUGAGGUCUGAGGCAGUACCUGGCGAGCGAGGUCGAUCUGGGCCGCGGGUCGCUGAAGUGAUGGUUCCCGUUUUGGACGCGCUUUGGGAGGAUAGGGAUGUUAGGUUUGACAUUUCGCCUCAACAAAUGAAAAUGAGACCUGGAGAGGUCCUAAUUGACUGCUUGGACUCCAUCGAAGAUACUAAAGGGAAUAACGGGGAUAAAGGUAGAUUGCUUGUGACUAAUUUGCGAAUUAUCUGGCAUUCACUGGCUCUUCCGCGGGUUAAUUUAUCUGUUGGCUACAACUGCAUUAUAAACAUUACAACUCGAACUGCCAAUUCGAAACUUAGGGGCCAAACUGAAGCUCUUUACAUUCUGACAAAAUGCAACAACACACGAUUUGAGUUCAUCUUUACCAGUGUGGUUCCAGGAAGCCCUCGGCUAUUCACCACAGUUAUUGCAGUGCACAGGGCAUAUGAAACAUCAAAAAUUUACAGAGAUCUUAAAUUAAGAGGGGCUCUCAUUCAAAACAAGCAGUUACGACUCCUCCCCCAGGAACAGGUGUAUGAUAAAAUUAAUGGUGUCUGGAAUCUUUCAAGUGAUCAGGGCAAUUUGGGAACAUUUUUCAUCACGAACGUUCGAAUAGUAUGGCAUGCCAAUAUGAAUGAUAGUUUCAAUGUUAGCAUUCCUUACUUACAAAUUCGAUCAAUAAAAAUCAGGGACUCAAAAUUUGGGCUUGCACUGGUAAUUGAAAGUUCACAACAGAGUGGAGGGUAUGUUCUUGGUUUUAAAAUUGAUCCUGUGGAGAAACUUCAAGAGGCAGUAAAGGAGAUAAAUUCUUUGCAUAAAGUUUACUCUGCCUGCCCAAUCUUUGGAGUUCAAUACGAAAUGGAGGAAAAGCCUCAGCCACUUGAGGACCUAACAGUUGAGCAAGUUCAAGAUGAUGUUGAAAUUGAACCAGAGGAACAGACUGAUGCUUUUGUGGCUUACUUCGCAGAUACUAAUAAGCAACAGGACCGUGAGCCAGUUUUUUCAGAGGAACUGGGGAUUGCAAUUGAAAAAUUGAAAGAGGGCUUCACUCUUCAAGGACUUUGGGAAGUGAUGAGUUGAACUUCACGUUUACUUUAGUGCUAGUUCGUCUUAAGUUAUUAUACGGUGACUAUGAGAUGCAAUUUCCAGUAAUCAUUGCUGUUUAAAAAUAAAACCAAACAAUUUUAAAAA